CGGGCAGCGGGACGGCUCGGCUAAAUCGGGCGGGGACUGUGUGUGCUGUAAACGUUUCGGGACGUCGGACGCGCUUUUGUUGUGUGCCGCUGUUUGGGGGAGAUAUUUUCGUCGCUUUCCGCCCUAAGAAGAACAGGUUGCAGUCGCAAGUGGGAGUGGAGAUCAUUAAAUGUUAAAGUUCGCUCGUUGGUAGAAAAGAAAAUCCUGCCCCAAUCGGAAAGUGUGUGACCGCACCAGGACGGGUGUGUCCCACCCGGUGUCCAGCUGCUUCCAAUCUGCAUCUGGGCGUGUGGAUGGAAAAAUGUGCCAGCGAGCAAUGCUGAUGUUGCCAGUAGUACGCAUCGUGCCACAGUUCCUGCCAGCCGCCAUAGCCGCAACCCAGCAGCAAGCCCAAUCCGCCAGACUGGACUGUCGCCUGCGUCCAUCCGUCCAUGACCAGGUACGAUCGGUACAGCUUGUCGUCCGACCAGCAGCAACAGAAACAGACGCUAAACCCGCCAGCAGCAGCAGCAGCAGCAACAGCAGACCGGAAGCUCGACACGGUAGCGGUCGCUCCUGGCACGACGAUGACUGACGAGGAGCUGCUCUUGCUCGAGCGGGCGAACGCCGAGCGGGAUGAGAUAUUCCUGCGCUACGAUCAGGGCCGCAAGUGCGACAGUAUCGAUGCGUGGGAAGAUCCAAUGUUCGAAGUUUACACGCAGGCGGACCGGUACGGCUUCCUGCAUCCCGUGGCGCCGGCCCAGUCGAAGGAGGCGGAACUGCUGCAGCACCGGAUCGAGAUGGAGCGCGUGAAGAAGUGGGUCAAGAUGCACAAAAACUGGGACGCGGCGGCGACGAAGGAAAAUUUGCGCCGGCGCGUAAUGAAAGGCAUCCCGGAUCGGAUGCGCUCGGCGAUCUGGCGCAAGCUGCUCGACCUGGACCGGCAGAUCCGGGAGAAUGGGGGCAUGUACGACCGGAUGCUGGACUGUGCCCGGCGCCACAGUCCCGACAUACGGCAGAUCGAUUUCGACGUGAACCGGCAGUUCCGCAAUCACGUGUUCUACCGCGAGCGGUACAGCGUAAAGCAGCAGAGCCUGUUCCGCGUGCUAGCCGCGUACAGUAUGUACAAUACCGAGGUCGGGUACUGCCAGGGCAUGUCGACGGUCGCCGCGGUGCUGCUGAUGUACUUCGACGAGGAGGACACGUUCUGGGCGCUGGACGUACUGAUGACGAAUCAGCGCUACGCCAUGCACGGGCUGUAUAUAGUGGGGUUUCCGAAGCUGAUGCGGUUCCUGGCGCACCACGACCGCAUCCUGACCAAGUGUUUGCCUAAGGUGAAGAAACAUCUCGACAAGCACGAGGUACACUCGGUGCUGUACUCGUUGAAAUGGUUUUUUGUUAUCUUCAUCGAGCGGAUACCCUUCAGUCUUUGUCUGCGGGUGUGGGACAUCUACAUGAUGUACGGCGAACGCGUACUAACGGCGAUGGCUUACACGAUACUAAAGGUUCACAAAACGAAGCUUCUUCGGAUGAAGGACAUGGAUCAGGUGACGGACUUCCUACAGACAUCGCUGCACAAACAGUUCGGCUAUGAUGAUGACUAUGUGAUAAAAGCGCUUCAGAGUUCGAUGGACGAGCUGAAGAAGCUAAAACUUCUAAAUCUGCCACCUCCAUCCGCCAACGAGCUACCCACAAUGCCACGGGGGCAAACGGUCGAACCUUCCACAAAGGCCAGAAUCGGCCAUCGCAAUGAACAGUUUUCGGAGCGAGAGAUAGCACUCAAGGAGACGGUGCUGUAUCGCAGCGAAUCGAAGAACGAGGAGGAAGAAGAACAGUACAAUAAUGGCGAACAGGGGGCCGGAGACCGUGCCGCUACGGCGGAAGAUGAAGACGACGAGCGCACGGAGAAAGAUUACGAUGAUAUUACGGAAGAUACCGUGAGCCAACUGCAUACAGGCUUGCAAAGGCUGCCAAAAACUGCGCGUAUAGUCAAAGGCGUUAGUACCAGCUCGUUGCGCACAAUCCAGAGUUUCACUACGUUCGAUACCGGUACCUCGUUGGCGACCAGCUUAAAUUCCCUCGUCAUCAUCGACUCGUUUGAUGACUAUUGUGAUAACGAUAGAAUUAUCGAAGAAAGUACUCGCUUGUAAAGAACGGUGUAGCAUAAUAUGACGCGGAACCAUUGCGGUAGUCGUCCUUCCUCUGCGUAGUUCUCUCGGUUUGUGAGAAUUACAACAACAAAAUGGGUAAGCGUAAUCUGUGCGUAAAGUAGGCAAAUACCAAUACUCAAAAAUAAAAAAGAGCAACCCCGUUCGCAGUGCAUACACUUGCACCAUCAUGAAAUCGAAGAUCAAAGGCGGUUUAUGUGCUUUGUCUUUUUUGCUAUCUUAGUAACCGUUGGUGUGUGAAGCUUCCACUGUAGCAAGAGCUCCAGAGAACGUUCAUUCGAUUUCGGUCUGUCGUUAGUGGCGGAAGCAAAAUUUUAAGUCUUUUAGCUAAAUUCAAAGUGUAACCCCGGUGCCAUAGCCAAGGAAGAAGAGAACUACGGAACGUUCGUAUUGAAUCAUCCAUCAUCUAAUCCAGCAGAGCAAAGAAUGUAUCGAAUUGUUAAAGAAACCAUCGGCCAUCUGGGCAU